GGGCGGACCCCCCACCUCCCCAGGACGUGGUCCUCCGGAGCUGGCGUGGCCCUCACACAGUUGUGCAUUGUUGUUGUUCGCAGUCUCCCUGCCCUUCAUGAUCAUGACCCUGCUCCACAAGCCGUACCAGCGUGGGUUCUACUGCGACGACGAGAGCAUCCGCUACCCUUAUCGGGGGGAAACCAUCUCCCAUGGCAUGAUGGCAGGGGUUACCAUCACCUGCAGCGUCCUCAUCAUCACAUCGGGAGAGGCGUACUUGGUCUACUCAAAGCACCUCCACUCCAACAGCGAUUUCAACCAGUACCUGUCUGCGCUGUACAAGGUGGUGGGCACCUUCGUCUUCGGCGCGGGGGUCAGCCAGUCCAUCACCGACCUGGCCAAGUACACCAUAGGCCGGCUGCGCCCCAACUUCCUGGCGGUGUGCGACCCCGACUGGAGCAAGAUCAACUGCUCCAGGGGGUACGUGAUGCUGGAGUCCGCCUGCAGGGGGAGCUCCCGCAACAUCACGGAGUCCAGGCUGUCCUUCUACUCCGGUCACUCCUCCUUCGGGAUGUACUGCAUGCUGUUCUUGGCGCUCUAUGUCCACGCUCGUUUAGUGGCGAAAUGGGCCCGUCUGCUCCGUCCCACAAUCCAGUUCUUCCUGAUCUCCUUCGCCCUGUACGUGGCCUACACGCGGGUCUCCGAUUACAUGCACCACUGGAGCGACGUUCUGGUGGGGCUCCUGCAGGGGGCGCUCAUAGCCACUCUCAAUGUGCAUUACGUGUCAGAUUUCUUCAAACAGAGACUCCCCAGAGUGGAGAAGAGACAGCUGGAGGACGAACUGGAGUGCAAACCAAGCCUGCAUGAGGCCAAUUUGGAGCGCAACAACCAUUACAGCCUUCCAGGGGCUACCUAACGAACGAGCGAACGAUCGAACCACCCCCAAAAAACCACUGGACUUUAAAAGAGAGAGAGAGAGAGAAUUCGGACAGUGUAAAUCAGUCUAUUCAGUGACAGUGCUUCACCUAUAUAUAUAUAUAUAUAUAUAUAUAUAUAUAUAUAUAUAUAUAUAUAUAUAUAUAUAUAUAUAUAUAUAUAUAUGUAUGUGUAUAGCGGAUUAUUUUUGUUUGUUGUUGCCUGUGAUAUUUAGCUCCUGUCUACGGAUCUUGUAGGUUUUAAAACCAGGGGGGGGGAAAAAAGAAAAACUAAGCACUGCUAAUGUGAUCCAUGGGUCUGUGCUGGAAUGAAAGAAAAGAAUUGUUGACUUCGUGUGAGUGAAUAGGCAUGUGCUUUUCAUUAAGGGAACUGCAAGUUUGACCAGAUUGGAGAACGGGAUUCUGGGAAGCUGAUCUAACUGCAGUAAGUGCUCCUGAGCUGUAGGGGGCGUAUACGGCACUUUACACACCACUCGCAGGAUUAGAAACCCUCUCUUGUCAUCGAUGUAGAUUGCCGCAGUCUGAUUUGAAUCUGAUUUUUAAAGCUCUGAUCAGCACCCCUUCUAUCCCUGCCUAUAAUCCCUUUAAAAUAGGGCUCUCUGGGACCAGGCAGAAAAUGUUUCCAUGCUGACUUUAGGAAACGUGUUUCAGGUGGACCGGAUUGCCGCAGAUCUUCCUCUAGUUUUCUCUGUGUCUGUCCUGUGCUGUAAUCCGUCUCUCUGAUAUGCAGCACAGGAGCAGACUAUAGUGUGAAUGCAAACAGUCUAGCAAUACACCAGAAACCGGCCAAGAAGGGAAACACAUUAAUAAAAUACUUCAUUAAAACACUUUUGGCAGCUGUGCUACAGAUUGGAGCAGCACAAGGAGCACUUUUAUUUUGGGCAGUAGCAGGGCAUUGUGGGUCUUUGUUUUAAUGUGGGGGGGAUACCAGCGGCUUUUAAAAUAUCCUGUCCACUCCGGCUGUAUACAAUGCACAGCCCUAUUGAGCAAGCGUAGUACUGAACACAGCUGACUCCAGUCACGCUAUAAAAGCUUCAUUAGAAAUGUCUCAGUUUGCCAUUCUCCUUCCAUAUACUAUGUAUGUCACUAGCUUGGUUAAUUCACUGUAAAUUGUCUUAAUUACAUGUUGACAGUAAUUUGUAAAAGUUCCUAUCGUUUCCUGUAUAAGACCCUUCAUUCAUUUACCGUUUCAAUGUUUCAUAAUUUUUCUUUGGCCAAAAGUUUAGUAUUACCUAGGAUUUUAGGACUGACGAUAUUUAAAAAAAAAAACCCAAAAAACUAAAUGAACAUAAUUUGAGAUGUUUUAUUUAACAUCAUGUAAU